AUGAAACUUCAGCUUCCAAGAACUCCACAGACAGAGGGUGAUAGAAGGUCUCUCUUUGAUUCCAUGGAAGCAGAUGAUGCAGAAGACUCGCUGGCAGCAAAAAUUCUCCCGAAAGUGGAAAGACGUAAAUUCAAGGCACCUAAUAAUCACUGUCGUCCCAAAUCCUCGCCUCUACGACCUCACAGUGCUACGGAAAUAACUCAAAGGCCUCGGGUCAAAACAAAAAAAUCAACUAAAUUUGUAGAUGACGAUGAAUUUGGAGUGGAAACGUCGACUGCAUCUGCCACGGCAGCUUUUAGAUCACUUACUCCCACAAUUGCAGGUGCCAUUUCAUUUCAGUUGCAAGAAAAAUUGAAGGCGACAGAGUCUAGUCCCAGAGGAAGAGGCAAAAGAGAAGAAAGGCAUGUUGGUGUUCGGCACGGUGAAGGUAGGCUACGAGGGAAGGGAAAAAGUCCUGCUAAAUCCAAUUCAAGUAUUAGUGUCACGAAACAAACACCCAGACAAAAAUCCACAACCGGAAAGUCAAAGAGAGAAAAACACAUUGAACAGUCUGAGAGUAAAUCCACUCCGAGGAAAAGUAGACGCAGUGUGAGGGAGGACAGAACACAGUCAGGGAAUGAUGUUCUCUUGGAAAACAAAGCCAUGGAAAUGAAAGGAGGACAAAUUAAGUCGAGAACCCAAAUUUCUUCUCUUCGUAAAGCCACGCGUUCUCUUCAUACAUCUGAAAGUUGCCUAAGUGAUUUUGAACCACCUCAGCAGAAAAAUCUUAUCAAAAGUUCAUCUGAGAGUUGUAUUCCGAAAUCUGUGCUACAGAAAAGUGAUAUUCAAAAGCCACCACCUUCACGAAGAAAUUUAGUUAAGAAAAAGGAAAGAAAUUCUCUUUUUAUAAAUGAAGCAUGCACUGAUGUGGGGCUUCGAUCAGCAGUCUCUCUGAUUUUUAAAGCCGUGGAUCAGAUGGAAAAAUUCAUCCGAAAUUCUGCUCCGAAGGGCAUGACAAUACGCUGCCGAAUAACCCGAGACAAGCACGGAAUUGAAGGUGGUCUCUUUCCUAGCUACUACCUCUUUCUUGAAGGUCGGGAAGAUCGACGACAAUUUUUUCUCCUCUCAGCAAGACGAAAACGGCGUGCCACAACCUGUACCUACCUUAUCUCUAUGGAUACCAUCAAUACUCCCUCCGGGGAAAAAAUCGCCUCAGAUACUAUUUGCUCAAGUACGGAAGUGGAUGCCUAUAACUUUGGAAAUGGCGGAAAGGUGUCUGUGGGAUGUCUUCGAUCUAAUUUCCUUGGUACACAGUUUGUUCUAUGCAGAGAGGCGUCUGAUUCGAAUGACAAUUCAAGCGGUGAAGAAUGGAAUAGAGAAAUCGCUCUAAUUGCUUAUGAGCCAAAUUUGCUUGGUUUCAAAGGACCGCGAAAAAUGACUGUUCUUCUACGGUCUGAAACUGAUCUUGAGAGUUCGUCGUCUUUCAAAGAGUUGUCAAAAUAUCUUACUGGCGUACCAGCCUCAAGAGAUCAUUCUUUGGGAAUCUCGGAACUCCAUAAUAAGAGACCAAUGUGGAAUGAAGAAACACAAUCCUACGUUCUGAACUUCCAUGGACGAGUGACGCAGGCUUCAGUGAAGAACUUCCAGCUUAUUGAUGAAAAGGACGGUGAGCGUUUUUUAGUACUUUCUUGGUUCAACUCCAAGGUCCUAAUGCAGUUCGGGCGGGUUUCGGAUAAGUACUUUACAAUGGAUUAUACCUAUCCUCUAUCCGCACUGCAAGCAUUUGGGAUCGCAAUAUCUUCCCUCACUGGCAAACUAGCCUGCGAGUAA